ACAACGGUGUAGUAAUUACUUUAGAUACUUUAUCAGCAUCAAAAUGUUCGUUUUAAGUUAAGCAACUUUAGUUAAAAUGCUGGUCUUUUGAGUCAGGUCAGAGAGCAUAUAUACAGAAGGUAAAGCAAAAAAUAUCUAUGUAAAUGAAUAUCAGGUAUUUAUGAAAGCUGUACAAUGCAAGCUCUUACUCAACAGAGGUUUAGCACAGCUGUGCAGCACGCAGGGACCACUCAGCUAUCUACUGCAGACCGUGAACAUGUUUAUCAAUGGAUCCUUGAGUUAGCAAGUCCUGAAACAAGGGAGCAUGCUUUGUUAGAAUUAAGUAAAAAGCGUGAAGUUGUUGCUGAUCUUGCUCCAAUGCUCUGGCAUUCUUUCGGUACAAUAGCAGCUCUAUUGCAAGAAAUCGUUAAUAUAUACCCUAUGGUCAACCCUCCUAGUCUAACAGCUCACCAAUCAAACCGAGUCUGCAAUGCAUUGGCACUUCUUCAGUGUGUGGCAUCCCAUCAAGAAACCAGAUCACCAUUUUUGCAAGCUCAAAUUCCAUUGUUUCUCUAUCCAUUCUUACAUACCACAAGUAAAACAAGACCAUUUGAAUAUUUGCGGUUGACCAGUCUAGGAGUUGUUGGAGCUCUAGUAAAGACUGAUGAUCAAGAAGUUAUAACUUUUCUGCUGUCUACUGAAAUUAUUCCGUUGUGUCUAAGAAUUAUGGAAGCAGGAAGUGAACUGUCAAAAACUGUUGCAACUUUUAUUCUUCAAAAGAUUUUACUUGACGAAACUGGCCUCUCUUAUAUUUGCCAAACAUAUGAAAGAUUUUCACAUGUGGCUAUGAUACUGGGUAAAAUGGUAAUAGCGCUAGCCAAAGAACCUUCCACUCGUCUUUUAAAACACGUAGUUAGAUGCUAUUUACGACUUUCAGACAACCCCAGAGCUCGUGAAGCACUUCGUCAAUGUUUACCAGAAUAUCUUAAAGACAACACUUUUGCAAAUUGUUUGAAAGACGAUACUUCUACUAAGAGGUGGCUCUCGCAACUUAUGAAAAAUCUUCAAGAUGUACCUGCUCCAACUUUAGGUGAUCAACGUGGCAUUCCUAUGCCUCCUUAAAAACAUUUUAAGUCAAGAUAAGCGGUGAGUUGUAGUAGAUAUUCGUACAUCUAAAGAUAUUACAGUUUAUUAAUACUGAAAUGUAUCAUGAAAAACGUUUUUCACAAUAACAUAAUUUAUGAUGUUUGUCAUACUUUAUGAGUGUAAUAACUUU